GCUUUCAAACUGUUGAGUGUUAUACUUCAACCUAGAAUUUAUUCUCCCUUGCAGCUUUGCCAUGCUGUAAAUUUAUAAUUUUUUCAAAUUCUCAUGUACUGAAGUGCUUACAUUACAUAUUUGUAAUAGAAAAUUAUUGCUUUCUUUUAUGCCCAUCACAUAGAGUAUAUAGUAUGGUACCACUCUACAACCAAAAGGUUGUAAACUAAUAAAAAGAUGAUCUUUAGUUAAAAAGCUAAAGGGAUGGAAAAGAUGCAUUCAACACAAUUAGGGGAAGAAGAAGUGUUAAAGGGUCCAAAAUGUCAAGACUGUGGGAACCAAGCAAAGAAGGAUUGUGCAUACUCAAGGUGCAGAAGUUGCUGCAAAAACAAAGGUUUUAACUGCCAUACACAUAUCAGAAGCACUUGGAUUCCUGCCGAUAGAAGGCGUCACAGAAUGGAUCAUCCUUCUGAUCAGCACCACCUUCAUGAACAUAAAAGGCACAAGCAGAUCAACACUAUUUCAAGUUCUGAUGAGUUCAAAUUUCCGGCUGUUACGAGUUCCAUGACCACAUUGACAUGUGUUCAGGUGCGCUCUAUGGACGAAACGGUCAAUGAAACGGCCUAUCAAACAAGUGUAGAAAUUGGAGGACAUGUAUUUAGUGGCAUUCUUUAUGAUCAAGGCCCUGAUGAACAAAGCUUCAAUAAUAUACACCCUCUUGAUCAGCAACAAAAUCUCAAUCUUUUUAGUAGUAAUGUAAUCCACACCGGUGAUGAUGGUGCAAGUGCAAGUGCAACUAUAGCUGCUACUGCUUCUCAUCGUCGCCUUCUAUAUCCUCCACCGCAUCCAUUACCUUCUUUCAGGCCCGGUAUGCCAUAUUAAUUAGUUUCUUAAUCUCUAGCUAGAUCAUGAAAAUUAAUUGAGCUAGGACCUUCUUGGGAGUUUGUUGCUAAAUCAUCAGUAGCAUAAGAGAGACAGUGUUUUGAAUCAAUAAUAGACCGAGAGAGCUUAAUUAUUGGUUUGUUUGAAAUACCAAUAACUUGAUUAUAUAUUAUACAUUAAUUGCUGUCUAUUUU